AUGGCGUGUGGUGGGCUCAUGUCCGCUCCGGUGUGUCUUAUUGAAAACGAUGAAAAUGGGAAGCUGCACGUGAAGAAAGAGGCCAGAGACAUUCUGGAUGGGAUCAAUGAGCCGGUGGUGGUGGUGUCUGUGGUGGGACUCUACCGUACGGGGAAGUCUUACCUUAUGAACCGCCUGGCAGGACAACAGUCCGGCUUUGCUCUCGGCAGCACUAUUGAAUCAAAGACCAAAGGCAUCUGGAUGUGGUGUGUCCCUCACCCUAAUAAAAAAGGACACACUAUGGUGCUGCUGGACACAGAGGGACUUGGUGACGUGGAGAAGGGGGAUGAGAAACAUGACACAUGGAUUUUCUGUCUGGUGGUUCUUCUCAGCAGUACUCUAGUGUACAACAGCUUAGGGGUCAUUGACAACAUGGCACUGGAAAAGCUGCACUACGUUACAGAGCUGACGGAGAACAUUCGUGUGAAGGCAGAAGUGGGUCAAGACAAGGACAGAUCGGCAGAUUUCAUGCGUUUUUUUCCAUCCUUUGUCUGGGCUGUUCGCGACUUCACUCUGCAACUGAUAAAGGAGGAUAAACCAAUAACAUCAGACGAGUAUCUGGAGGGCGCAUUGAAACUCAAACCAGGUAGCUCACCUCAGACUGAGCAGUACAACCUGCCUCGUCGUUGUUUGCGACAGUUCUUUGCGGUGAGGAAGUGCUUUGUGUUCCCUCGGCCUGCUAGUACGCAAAACAUGAGAAGAAUGGAGGAACUGUCCGAGAAAGAACUGGAUUCAGAGUUCCUUGAGCAGGCAAACACCUUCUGCCAUUACGUCUACAACAAUGCAGAGCCAAAAACCAUCAGUGGAGGCCGUACAAUUACUGGAACAGCUCUGGGUAAUCUUGCUGAGGUUUAUAUAGAGGCGAUCAGCAGUGGGAAUGUUCCAUGUCUGGAGAAUGCAGUUGUGUCUCUGGCUAAGAUCCAGAAUGUCCGUGCAGUGGAACGAGCCAUGCAGUUCUACAUGACUGAGAUGCUCAGCAUAGCUCCGCUUCCUAUGCGCCCAGAAGAGCUGUCCGACAUCCACAAAAUUGCAGAGAAGAAGGCCAUUGAAGUUUUUAUCACCAUGGCCUUCAAUGACAAUGAUCAGAUGUACCAUCAAGAGCUCAUGGGGAAGAUUCAUAAUGAAUAUCAAGAUAUGUGCCAGCAGAAUCAUGAAGCAUCUCGCAUGCAGUGUGAGGAAGUUCUGCGUGUGGUGUUUGAAUCACUGGAAAAAAGCUUUUCUGAUGGAUCAUACCUGAAACCUGGAGGAUACGGACAGUACAGAGACACGCUCACACAGCUGACCAGUGACUACAGAGCAAAAACACACUCACAAAUAAUGAGUGAGGAAGUGUUGAGUAUAUAUUUGAGAGCAAAGGAAGAGGCUGGAAAUAUGAUUCUACAAUCUGACCAAUCUCUCAGCGCAGCGGAACAGGAGAAAGAGGUGCAAAGACUAAAGAAUGAGAUUCUGGAGCAGCGGCAAAGAGGUCUAGAGGAACAGAACUGGUUACAGGAGCAGGCGUUUAAAGACAUGCAAAGUGCCCACGAUGAGCAUGUGAAUCAGAUCGUUAGUCAGAUGGAGAGAGAGCAGGAGAGAAUGAGGAGAGACAAUCAACGAGUCCUGGAAGCAAAAGUGAAGGAAAGGGAAGCUCUUCUACAGCAGGGCUUUCAGCAGGAGGCUGCCAGGAUGCAGAGAGAAGUUGACAGCCUGAAAGGAGAUAUGAAUAAACAGGAAACGUCCCAACGCUCCACACUAAGCAAGGUUGUGGAUGGUAUCGGCAAUAUGGCGACUUUUUUGUUGCCGGGUUUUGUUCCUAAAGCAGUUGGUUUUGGUCUGUCCUUGCUUUCAAAACUGCUUUGAAAAUGGAUACAGUAUUGUGGCAAGCAGGGCAGGGGCGACUCGGUGACGCGAGUGCUAAUAAGCAUCACCUGCGCGCCACACUCAAGACCCACGGAGGAGCUCCGGAAGGAUAAGUG